AUGGCGAAUGCUCACGUUCCAAAGUUUGGCAAUUGGGAAGCUGACAACAUUCCAUAUAGUGCAUGUUUUGAGAGUGCACGCAGAGAAAAGGCCGGAUUCAUGACCAAUCCGAACGAUCCAAUGGAAAAUCUAAAGGCCUUCAACAAAAAUGUCAAUGCCGAUGAAGCAAAAUCCUCCCAUACUUACUCCCACAAAGCAAAUUCAAGUUCAAUGGGAAAAGGAAGCCAUGAAGUACUAAAAAACAAUUCUAUACGCCAUUCACACGGACGAAGCAGGGGAAGUAAAGGUAGCUUUGCAUCAGAAUUUGACAGCAAAAAUCUCUGUAUUGAUCACUCUGCCAUCAGCAAAGGUUCACAAUCAGUUCACAAAAGGAGUGUGUCCAAAGGAGUUAGUAGUAACAUUGGUAGCUUCUCUUCAUCAAAUCAUAGUAGACACAGAAAUGGAAGAGACUCUUUUAACAACCACAGGGACGAUAGAGCAACAACAGUACCUGAAUUCGGUAAUUGGGAUGUAACAGACCCGAAAUCAGGAGAAGGUUAUACUGUUAUGUUCAACAAAAUAAAAGAAGAAAGACAAGUCAUCUCUAGCCAGAGGAUUCCACCACAAAACAACGGUUCAAAUACGAAGAAUCAAUACGAUGGAUCUUCUUUCAGUUUAUCUAAGUAUUGUUGCUGUUUGUUUACGAGCGAAAGCAAAUAA